UGAAAACCCAGUUUUUGGCAUGGAAAGGGUGUGCCGGGAAAUGUAGGAUUUUGAGGAGUUGGAACUUGGAAGUGGACGCAAGUCUGUUCUUUCUGAGAACGAAACGAAACUGGUUCAAAGCGUCUUCUUCACUACUCUUCACUGAAGUCACAUGGAGUGACUGUCCAUUCAUUUUACUGUCUGCAUUUUUCUUGGAUUAAAAUAGGAAGGUGCUGCUGGACCCACUCUAGGCUAUAGUAAGGCCUCGUGAGAACUAUGAUAAGUCUGCUGAGUGAUGUUAACCCCGAAUGGGAUUUGUGCCUAGCUGUGGCUGUGGUUGGAUUUACCAUUAUUGCUAAUGCUUACAGGGUCUGGAAGAGUAAGUCAGACUUGUUCUGGGACACAUGUGCCAUCUCCACCUCCAUCUCCACCAGACUCUCCCUCAAAGUUAACAUCAGCCCUUUCACCCAUGUCCAGCCACCCCGCUGAAAUGGAGGAGAGCCAGAGUUCCACAAAAGACCAACAGAACUCUGUAAAGCCAGACAAAUAUAAGGACAUAAGGGAGCGUGCACAGGCAGCCAUAGACAGCAUCCCCUUGUGGGCUAAGGAGGAUAAGUAUCUUGGCCAAUCAAAGCUAAAGCUUAAACCCCGACGCCAACACACAGACAAAGGUCACCAAGUUAUCAAUACGGCCGUGGAGAGCAUGCUUGAAGAUGUGUUGAAGGAGCUCUUAAGUAGACUGCAAGUCAAGUACACAGCUGAAGAUAUGAAGAAACUAAACACAAAUCUCCGGACUUUAUUCACAAAACCUGAAGAAAAAACCCUUAGGGAAACCAUGGUGGUUGACCUCGGUCACAAGGUGCCUGAUUUCAGUAGACAGGUGUUUGGUAUUUUCUGUAACAUUCUGAUUCAAAGCAUUGCUGACUACAUGGAGGACUCCAUCAAAUAUAUCCAUAAUAGUUCCCGUAAGCGCCUAUCCAAGCGUGUGAAUGAAAUCACUGAGCUCAUGAACCAGUAUGAGGUUUAUGUGGAUGCUGUAGCACGGGAUGAGUGGAUACAGAUUGGGAACAGAAAUAACCAAGUUUAUAGCAAAUCAGAGGACCGAAAGAGGGUUUAUGAGGUGAUGAGAGAUAUGGUUAAAGGAGAUUUGAAGAACAUCUUGGGUUAUUUGACAAAGAUUCUUGGAAAAAGCAAGAUAGCCUAUCAGAAUGACCUUGAUAUCUCCUAUUACUGGUCUUAACUGGGAUCCCUUGGCAGGAGAGGACACUAUAACAAUAUGAUUUAAAACGUAAUCUUGAUGCCUAUACAGUAUUUUUCUCCUUAUUUCUACUUUUCAAAUUUUCAUAAAUGAUAAUACUGUUAUUUUUCUGUUGUUAUUUGUGAUUCUCAAUUGUAAAUGCCUUUGGUGUUACUGUUGUCAUUAUGUUCAUCAUUUGUAUAAUAUUUUGUUAUUAUUGCAUGCACACAUGCCCAAUAAAUAAAUGGUUG